GGAGAUGUCGCUAGCUCUAGCAGUUGCUCUACAGAGGUAACUGUAGUUAACAGCUAGUUGUAUUUAUAUAGAACAAGCAAACACAUCUUAUCAAACGUUUUCCUGUCAAUACAACCAUAAGGACAGUGGCUUUUCCCACAGUCAACCCAAGGAGCUUUCCACACUGUGAGCUCUGAAGAUGGAGGAGGACCAUGUUCACUGUAUGUCCUGUGUUAACCAGAGAUGCAUGGUCAGACCUGAACCAGGGGUUUCUUGUGAUCUUAUAAACUGUCCUCUAGUGUGUGGGGCUGUAUUUCACUCCUGCAAAGCUGAUGAGCACCAACUUUUGUGCCCACUAGUGAGGGUCCCCUGUUUAAACAGUGGCUAUGGCUGCCCUGUAACUCUGGUGCGCAACCAAAUGUAUGGACACCUUGAGGUGUGUCCAGCUGGAGUGGUGUGCUGCACUAUGGAAUGGAACAGAUGGCCAGUUAGCUGCCUGGACUAUACUUCCUAUGAGAGCCUGAGCCGUGGAGUGGAGGAGGUGGAGCAGCUCGAUAUGGCACUUGCCCUUCAGGACCAGCGUACACUACUCGAGUCCCUCAAGGUGAUUGCCAUGGCACCUACUGCAGAGGGAGAACCACUUGUCCCUGUUAGUAAGGAGAACAGGGCAAAAGACUCUGCUUUGCUAAACUCUGCCCCUGAGGCCUCUUUUAUUGAGUCACCUUCACAGUCAUCAUCCUCACAUCAGCCACAACUGCCCCCACCAGGCUCGGCAAAGGAGAAGAUUGUCAGUGGAAUUAAUGGCUUGAACGAGGAACACUUCAGUAAACUCUAUGAAGCUACAGUUGAGACUGCAAGAAGUUUAGCUGCUGCUUUAGACUUUGUUAGCAGUGCCAGUUCUGUUGAUAGCAGCACAGAGUGCGGGAGCAGAGGAGCUGCUAUGCAGAAGAGUAGAUUGGGCAGCAAUGGAGACUUUCAGAAUGGACUGGAAGACAAAACACCUGUAGCUGCGGAUGGGUUGAAUCAAAGAGGGACAGAGGACAAAAGUGUUUGUUCUAGCUGUUUGGGUGGAAACUGGGCUCCUAGAGGAACAGAUCUAAAGAUGUUAAACUCAACAAAUGGACCACAGUCAGGAGCAAUGGAGUCUGUAUGUAUGGAUACAGCCGGUCCUGUUGAGGUGCAAGAUGACCUGAAUGCUGGUGUUUCUCAAGAGCCAGUGACACCUCAAAUGACAUCUCCAGUGCAUGUCAGCCAAGGUGUGGCACAGAGGGCUGGUCAUGUGGUCCUGGAAGACAGGGGGCUAGUUCUUUUAGAAAACCAUGGGUCUGAGCGGAAGUUCCACAAUUACCAGUUUUUUAGGGGACAGGGCCAAGGGUCAUUGUCAAAUGGACGGAUAGGUUUUUUCCCAGACAGGUCACUGUAUAGAUUGCGACCCAAAAUGGAGGACAAAGCAGUGGAUACCUCAGAUCUGGAGCAGGAUGACGACCCCAUGGGUCUAGGAGAGAUUGAUCUGAUCACAGCAGCCCUACUCUUCUGUUUAGAGGAAUCCAGAGAGUGUAGAAGGAUCUCUGAUACAGUCUAUGUUGAUGGCUACCGUGUUGACUUUGGCACACAGACUUUCACUUUCCCUGCAGCAAUCUUGGUAACAAACACUAGAGUGGGUGACAUGGCCUCUGCAUCUGCCUGUGAUCACGCUGCCCCCCAGCUUACCUAUCCCAGCCCUUUCCGCACUCUCCGCCUCGGCCUUGUCCUGGAAGCUCUGGAGGUUGAGGCGGUCCCACAUAACCGCUACCUCCCUCCUAACCCCCGUUACCAGCAUAUGUUCCCCUUUGUCUGUGGUCAGUCACUCCGUCGGGACCAGUUUUCUUCCCAUUUCACAAAUGUCCACGGGGACAUUCAUGCUGGUCUCAAUGGUUGGAUGGAGCACCGCUGCCCCCUGGCAUAUUAUGGCUGCACCUUUUCCCAGCGGAGGUUUUACCCAUCCACCCAGGGGGCCAAGGUAGUUCAUGACAGGCACCUCAGGUCCUUUGGGGUUCAGCCUUGCCCAAAGGCAGAACUUCCAAGUGACUUCCAGUCUGAUCAAUUUAGUGGACUGCCCAUUGAGAUACUGUGGCACAUAGCUGGGUUCCUGGACAGUUUUAGCCUGUGCCAGCUGUCAUUGGUUUCGAGGACUAUGAGGGAAGUGUGUGCUAGUCUCCUCCAGACCAGGGGCAUAGUGGAGCUGCAGUGGGAGCGAAGAAGAGGCCCUAGUGCUCAUGGCACUGUGUCAUGGCAGGUCAAAAACAGAGUGUGGAGAUUCAGCACUGCCUUCAGCCCAGUCUUGUCGUGGGGUUUCAGUGAUCUCCCAAGUAUGUCAGACCAUCUUAAGAAGUGCCACUUCAACGUAGUGGAGCACAAGACAGAACCUAUACCCCUUCCUGCCAUGUGUACUGCACGAGACGGACACUCACUGCGUCGGGUCCUGCGUCACAUUAACACCUGACCAAACAAGGCUGACCUCUCAUAGCUGCACAAGAGUCACUGUCGUAUUAUGUGGAUGUUGCAAUUAAAGAUUUUCUGUUUUGAAAAACAAUUAACUCUUCUUAUAUUACACUAUAGAUUAUGAAGAAGCCUUAAUGAAAUAACACCUUACUUGUCACAAUGAAGGUCUGUUGUUGUGGGUGAAAAAAACACUAACCAUUUAGCUUUGCAUGAAUUUUUUUGAAAAUGCACCCUUAUUCUGGUAAUAUAAAGUAUAUUUUCUUGAAGACAGAUAUGCACAAUAGAUUUGUACUAUUCUAUAUGAUAUACCGGGAAAGUGGAAAGAGAUUUGAAUGUUUUCACUGUCUUGCCUUUCAGUAGUAGCCAUGGGAAAAAGCAGAUUACUGGUUAUAUUGUAUUAUUUCUGUGUGACAGAAGUUGUGCCAGCACUUUACACAAGAUUUGCUAAUCCCUCCAAUGGUGAUCUGUGACCCUAAACGAGCUAGUCUUUCUCAUCCCAAUUUAGGGUGUCAACUUAAUGCAAGUCUGUUGUCUGGGUUUGUAGGUUGUCAGAACGUGAGUCUAAACAGAUGGAUAUUAAUGUGAGGAUAGCCCAAUAAUGCAUGUGAUUUGCUACCAUUUAAUAAACU